AACGCCAUUUAGCUUGGGAGUUACAGGGAUAGCACUGUAUCAGCGUGUAGAUUGAUUUAGGACUGAUUUACUGAAAUUUUUAUCAUGACAUUCAUGAUCUAUGAAUUCGUAUUGUUUAUCUAGCAGAAUAUGUGGUCUUGGUGCAGCAUGAGCGAUAUUAUCGAGUAUAAACUUCGGUCUUCGAUAGUCCUACCUGCAUCACAUUUUGCUUAACAUACGGGAUUUCUUUCGGCUGUUCCGCUUCUAAAGCGGCAAAAAUUGAGAUAUACGUACAUAAAAAUCCCGAUAUUUCUGAAUGAUAUAAUGAAGAAAGUAUCAUAUAUUGCUAACUGCGAGUAAUUAGUCAGAAAUUGGAGUCCACGGAUAACACGUCUAAUGUGUUUCCCCCACGUUGACGGCGGCAUUACCAAUAUUUGGCAUUUGAGUGUAACACAAUGAAGUUGAUAGGUUGAAUCUUAGCCCAAAUGUUUCGCCGACUGUCGUUUUGACGGAGUAAAGUACGAUGGCGGAGGCUAUGAUACAUGGUUCUCUUGGUGCCAUAACUAUGGCAUUAAAUGAGGCUCCCAUAGAUCCUCACCAGCUCUUAAAGGCCUUGUCCCCGUUAUUGAGCAAAACAGGAGCCAUCAAGUCUCCUGUGGAGGCCAAAAGAAUCACCAGUUUAAUGAGAGAUGCGACAAAGUUGGUUUGCCGGUGUGUUUAUGUAAAUAUCCUGAAAGUCACUGAGUCUGCAGAAGUUUUGGAAAUGUUGAUGGAAGGGGGCAUGUGGGAGAUUUUGAACAACUGGCUACAAGAGGCCACAGAGUCGGACAACAGCCCAUUCCUGGUGGAGUUGUUGAAAGUUUACAAACAACUACCUGUCACCGUGGAGGUGAUGAAACAAAACAAUGCAGCUAAAACCAUUAAACAGAUCUCAAAGUCAAAAGACGAGACAUUGAAAACUCUAGCAACAAGUAUAGUUGAUACAUGGAUGAAGAAGAUCCGUGAAAAGAGCAAUAGUGAUUCUACUAACAAUAAUGGCGAUGCCAAAAAUCUGAAAAAGAAGAAGAAACACAGUCACCAUCAUAAGGGAGAUAAACCUGUGGACUCUAAAUCUGAUAAUAAACAAAAGUCUGAUGGGGACGCCAGAGACAAAAAGUCAAAUUCUCACUCUAAUCACUCCCAUCACCAUCACCACCAUCAUUCCCGACUGUCAAGUGAUGGCAGUGUUGAAAUGAACGAUGUGAAAGUGGAUGCUUCCAGCAACAUGGGAGACAACUCUGAGAAAAAUAAAUCUGAUGGGAAGUCUGAUACAAGUGAAGUUCGUAAAAGGGCACGAACAGUGAAAGUUCAACCUCAACGAUUUAGGUCAACGGGGUUAGAAGAACCGUCACUACCACCUCCGAAGAGGAAGAACACUUCCGAUCUUUCCAAUAAAUCUCUUCCACCUAAAAGGGCUAGUGUGGAGAAACCUGACCGUAGCAGUGAACCCCCAGAGAAGAAAACUCGCCCCCACCUGAACACCAGCCUGGCUUCCAGUCUGGCCACUUCCAACACCAGUCAGUCAGCAGUCACCGCUUCCCCCACCACUACCACCACCACCACUACCAUGUCACCGACAGAAAUACACGAGAAAAUUAAAAUUAUUCCUCCUAAACCAUUUAGUACAUCCACAGCCACAGCAAAACAUAAAGUCAUGGACAGUUCUGGUUUCAUGGAUGCAUUGAUAUCGGGGCCAACUGCGCUAACGUUCCGAAGAAAGAAAAAGUUACCGUCUGUCACAACGGGGAACAAACCAACAACAACAACUGGCCCUGGAACACCCACAACUCCAACACCACUGUCUCCAAACUCUGUAAUCGCUCAAAAACUUCCAUCUGUACCCUCAUUUUACAAAGAUACAUUAGAGACCUCAGAGCAGAGUAAAGAAGCUGAGAAGUCCAAUUCACGGAGUCCUUCACCAACGGAAGACAAGGACGAUCUUGCGGAAAAAGCUUCCGAAGAUGUUAAUGGUGCAGAAUCUGUGGAUAAAUCUAAAGAAGAACUCAAGUCAGAAGAGAAUAAAGAGGAGGAGGCCAAAGAAGUGACAGAUGUCAGUGCUAAGUCUUCCGAUGGCCUAAUUAAACGCAAGAAGAAGAAGAAAAAAGUGACCUGGGCCGAGGAUCACCGAAUACGACAAAUUUUCUACUUUGAACUCGAUGAGACAGAAAGAGAAAAUGUAAACAAGCCUAAAGAUUUCAAUGCUAUGAAGAAACAGGAAAUGAUGAUGGAUCGUAGGACGAUAGAAACUGCCAAACGAUUGAGUCAUGAUAAUAUGGUGGAAGCUGUACCGUGGCACAAACCUAUCAGGAUUGCUGGUUUACAGAACUUGGCUGAUGUGACUAGUUCAGAGAAGGCAAUCCAGGAGCAAAGAGAACAAGGGGUCUUACAGGCUCUCUUCUUCUCUAAGGAAAUGUUACCUGAUGGUCCAGCGGAGGCUGAUGUGGAGAAUGUAGAACGGACAGAUCCAGCUCUCAUCCCAUUGGAUGAUGAGAAAUCUGGAGGUGAAGAGUAUAGUUACACCUAUGAAGAUAAUCCCCCCUCUCAAGAAGGUACCAUGGACUUGUCCACUCUGCUGGCCCAGACGUCUGGCAUGGUUAUCCCCCCUGAGGUGGCUGGUCUCCUCUCCUCAUUACAGCAUGCCCCAUCUGGUCACACUGGACUCCCAGAUAAUCCACAAGUCCUCUCCAAUGUCCAGAACUUCCUAUCUAAUGUCAUGAAUAACCCUCAACAAGAUGAAACAACAGAGCAAUUGAGAAGAUUACUUGAACCACUGCAACACCAAGUCGGAAUGGGCCCGCCGCCAUUGGCCAUGGAGGGAGGUAUGCCCCCAGCAGGAGGGCCAUCAAUGGGAGGACCUCAGAUGGGGACCCCCGCCAGGCCUUCUGGGAAUGGCCCCCCUCGACCCCCAGGUCCUCGACCAGGCCCAGGACCCGUGCGUGAAGAUGACUGGGGAGAGAACAUGAGAGGUGGACCCCCGAUGGGGCCCAUGAGACCCCGGGGGAGAGCUGGCUUUCCUGUGAUGAGAGGGCGGGGAGGGAUGCCCCCAUCAGGAAGAGGUGGGAUGAUGGGGCGAGGAGGCAGAGCUCCUCGAGAUCGCGCCAUCUGUCGACACUUUGCAGCUGGAGGUUGUCACCGUGACACAGCCUGUGGAUUCUACCACCCUGGAGUGAAUGGACCGCCGUUAUAGUACACAGCUCACUUAGGAUCUUCACUGUUCAAAUCUUCCAACUGUGCUCGGCAUUCCGUAAAAUGAGUACAGGCAGUUUGUCAAGCGCGCUGUUCUGAUGUGGUAGCAUCAAGGCUACAAACUCAAAGGGUUAUUGGCAUCCAUGAACUGUGCCAUUGUACAUUGCAAGCAUCAUGACCAAAAACUCAAAAAGUCUCCACUCUUGAAAUGGAGACACGUACUGGCAUCCAUGAACCUUGCCAGUGUGAAAGCAUCAAGCCCAAAAACUCUUCAUUCUUGAAAUGGAGAUGCGUGUUGGCAUCCAUGAACUGUGCCAAGUUUAAAAGGCCAAAAACUCAAGAAGUCUCCAUUCUUAACAUGGAGAUGCAUGCUGGCUUCAUGAACAUCACCUGAAGCAAUAAGACUUGACUCUGCAACAUACACAACGGGUAUUUACUGCAGUCACAAACUCAUGCCCACACUGAACUGCACUUGUGAAUACGUCUUCUUAUUGAAGGAAAAGGCAUUUUUUGAAUUCCUGACAAAGAUUGAUUCCACAUCAUGAUGAAUAUGGCAAUUAAAUCUAAUGAAGUUUGACCCUUUGCUUAUUUGUGUUUCAGACAGGUCAGUUUCUCAAUGGAAUUUAUCAAGGCAUAAACCCUGAUAGUGAUUAAAUGUACUGUAUCGUUCAUUUCUGUGUUGCUAAAAGGGAUAUUAAAUGUUAUCCUGCCGUUUGUAUAUAUGUAAAUGUCUUUAUGUAAAUGUUUGGCAUGAAUCGAGAAUGUGUCUGAACUUAGUGCUGGAUUAUAUUUUGGCGCUAUCAUGAUAGAAAAUAUAAACAUUUUUUCAUUUAAAA